GCAGCCCGCCGCGGAUCGCUUCCCCGCUCGGCUCAGCUGUGCUUACCUUCCAGCGGUGACAUGGCAUAGAGCCGCGCGCGGGUCCCCAGCAGCGACGCACCCUGCGCUAACCCACGAGCUCCGGCGCGGAGCCCCACGAGAGGACCACCGCGAUGACGACGGCGAGGCCCCCGGGGCCCGCGUGGCUUCUACCGCUGCUGCUGCUGAGCGCGCCCCGCGGGCUGCGGGCGGAGGACGGCGGCGGAAUGGAGGAGCUGGCCACGGAGAAGGAGGCGGAGGAGAGCCACCGGCAGGACAGCGUGAACCUGCUGACCUUCAUCCUGCUGCUCACCCUCACCAUCCUCACCAUCUGGCUCUUCAAGCACCGCAGGGUGCGCUUCCUGCACGAGACCGGACUGGGCAUGAUUUACGGUUUGCUGGUGGGCGUGAUCCUGCGGUACGGCAUCCCGGCCACCAGCUUCCACCACAAGACUCCGCCCAGCUGCUCGCUGAAGGAGGGCCCGGUCAGCACCGUGCUGCUCAACAUCAGCGGGAAGUUCUUCGAGUACACGCUGAAGGGCGAGAUCAACUCUAGAGAGAUCCACAACGUGGAGCAGAACGACAUGCUGCGCAAGGUGACCUUUGACCCGGAAGUGUUCUUCAACAUUUUGCUGCCUCCGAUUAUUUUCCACGCCGGCUACAGUCUGAAGCAGAGACACUUCUUCAGGAACCUGGGCUCCAUCAUAACGUAUGCGUUCCUGGGCACCGCCAUCUCUUGUUUUAUUAUCGGGAACCUGAUGUACGGCGUGGUCAAACUCAUGCAGGCGGUCGGCCAGCUGACCGACAAGUUCUACUACACCGACUGCCUCUUCUUCGGGGCCAUCAUGUCGGCCACGGACCCAGUCACCGUGCUGGCCAUCUUCAACGAGCUGCACGCUGACGGGGACCUGUACGCGCUGCUGUUCGGGGAGAGCGUGCUGAACGACGCGGUGGCCAUCGUGCUGUCCUCGUCCAUCAUGGCGUACCAGCCCAGCGGAGCCAACACCCACAUGUUCGACGCCGCAGCGUUCUUCAAGUCCGUGGGCGUGUUCCUGGGCAUCUUCAGCGGCUCCUUCGUGAUGGGGGCCGCCACCGGCGUCGUCACCGCGCUCGUCACCAAGUUCACCAAACUGCACUGUUUCCCUCUGCUGGAGACCGCCCUCUUCUUCCUCAUGUCCUGGAGCACCUUCCUGCUGGCCGAGGCCUGCGGGUUCACAGGCGUGGUGGCGGUGCUGUUCUGUGGCAUCACUCAGGCGCACUACACCUGCAACAACCUGUCGGCCGAGUCCAACAAGCGCACCAAGCAGCUGUUCGAGGUGCUUCACUUCCUGGCGGAGAACUUCAUCUUCUCCUACAUGGGCCUGGCGCUCUUCACCUUCCAGAACCACGUCUUCAGCCCCAUCUUCAUCGUCGGGGCCUUCACCUCCAUCUUCAUCGGCAGAGCCUUCAACAUCUACCCGCUGUCCUUCCUCCUGAACCUCGGCCGGAGGCACAAGAUCAAAGGAAACUUCCAGCACAUGAUGAUGUUUGCAGGCCUGCGGGGGGCGAUGGCGUUCGCGCUGGCCAUCCGGGACACGGCGACCUACGCCCGCCAGAUGAUGUUCACCACCACGCUGCUCAUCGUCUUUUUCACCGUCUGGGUGUUCGGCGGCGGGACGACGCCCAUGUUGUCAUGGCUACACAUCCGGGUCGGAGUGGAUCCAGAUCAAGACCAGCAGCCCUGCGUAGACAGCUUCCAGGUCCUGCAGGGGGAGGGCUCCCAGGUGGAAGGACAGAAGACCAAGCAGGAGAGCGCCUGGCUCUUCAGACUCUGGUACAGCUUCGACCACAACUACCUGAAGCCCAUUCUGACUCACAGUGGGCCGCCGCUCACCUCCACGCUGCCGGCCUCCUGCGGCCGGCUGGCCAGCUGCCUGACCAGCCGGCAGGCCUACGAGGAACAGAUGAGGGACCAGGACUCUGAAAUAUUUCGCAACGACUCCGACCUGACCUUCACGUUCGGGGACGCGUCCAUCACGUCUAACGGGGCGUCCGGCGCCGCCACCGGCGGGGAGGCGGCCGGAGGUUCAGGCUGGAGCGCCAACGGCAAGAGGAGCGGCAGCACCUCGGAGGAGGCGCUGGAGCGCGAGCUGGACUCCCGCGAGCAGGAGCUGCUGAGCCGAGGCACGCGUCUGGUGUUCCCCAUCGAAGAUCACAUCUGACACCCCCACCACCGUCCAGCCCCCCCCCACCCGCCCCUCAUGCCCCCCCACCGUCCAGCCCCCCCCCCGACUCGCCACCCAGACCGCCUCCAGUCCUUCAGAGGGCUUCAGAGCUCGAGGGGCUCGUCCUCCAGGAGACAUUUGAUUUCCAAAACCCGCUUAACGCUCUGAGUGUUCAGCUGCAGAAGAAGAAGGGCGGCCCUCUCUCGUCAUGUGACCUCUGUCAGAGCUGCGUCUCCAUCUCAUCUAGUUGUGUGUGUGUGUGUGUGUGUGUGUGUGUGUGUGUGUGUGUGUGUGUGUGUGUGUGUGUGUGUGUGU